AUGAAAUCGCUCAGGUUGCAGGCUUCCACCCUCGUCUGCUUCCUUCUACUGAUCAAGGGGUUGGGAGCAGCGCCCCCGGGGCACCCUGAGGCGCAGCCACCUCCCCUCAGCUCUGAACAUAAAGAGCCGGUAGCUGGGGACGCAGCACCCGGGCCGAACGAUGUUAGCGCCCCAGAGGUCCGAGCCGCUCGAAAUUCUGAGCCGCAGGACGAGGGAGAGCUUUUCCAGGGCGUGGAUCCCCGGGCGCUGGCCGCGGUGCUGCUUCAGGCACUUGACCGCCCGGCCUCGCCCCCGGCUCCCGGCGGCUCCCAGCAGGGGCCAAAGGAAGAAGCAGCAGAAGCUCUGCUGACCGAGACCGUGCGCAGCCAGACCCACAGCCUGCCGGCGCCGGAGACCCAGGCACCUGCGGCCCCGCCUCGCCCUCAGACUCAGGAGAAUGGUCCCGAGGCUGGAGACCCCUCCGAGGAGCUCGAGGCGCUAGCUUCUCUGCUCCAGGAACUGCGAGAUUUCAGUCCGAGCAGCGCCAAGCGCCAGCAAGAGACAGCGGCAGCAGAAACGGAAACUCGCACGCACACUCUGACCCGAGUCAACCUGGAGAGCCCCGGGCCGGAGCGCGUGUGGCGCGCUUCCUGGGGAGAGUUCCAGGCGCGCGUUCCGGAGCGCGCGCCCCUGCCACCCCCCGCUCCCCCGCAAUUCCAGGCGCGUAUGCCCGAGAGCGGGUCCCUUCCUGAAGCCCACCAGUUCGGGGAAGGGGUAUCCUCCCCCAAAACACAUCUAGGUGAGGCAUUGGCACCCCUAUCCAAGGCGUACCAAAGCCUGGGCGCCCCUUUCCCCAAGGCGCGCCGUCCGGAGAGCUCACUCCUGGGCGGCUCUGAGGCUGGGGAGCGCCUUCUACAGCAAGGGCUGGCGCAGGUAGAAGCCGGGCGGCGACAGGCGGAGGCCACACGGCAGGCCGCGGCGCAGGAAGAGCGGCUGGCAGACCUCGCCUCGGACCUGCUGCUCCAAUAUUUGCUGCAGGGCGGGGCCCGGCAGCGCGGCCUUGGGGGUCGGGGGCUGCAGGAGAAGGAGGAGGAGCGAGAGAGCGUGAGGGAGGAUGCGGAGGCGGAGCAGGAGAGACGCGGCGGGGCGGAGAGGGUGGGGGAAGAGGAUGAGGAGGCGGCGGAGGCGGAGGCAGAGGCGGAGGAGGCGGAGAGGGCGCGGCAGAACGCGCUGCUGUUCGCAGAGGAGGAGGAGGACGGAGAAGCCGGAGCCGAGGACAAGCGCUCCCAGGAGGAGAUGCCCGGCCACCGUCGGAAGGAGGCUGAGGGGGCAGAGGAGGGCGGGGAGGAGGAGGACGACGACGAAGAGAUGGACCCUCAGACGAUCGACAGCCUUAUUGAGCUGUCCACCAAACUCCAUCUGCCAGCAGACGACGUGGUCAGCAUCAUCGAAGAGGUGGAGGAGAAGCGGAAGCGGAAGAAGAACGCCCCUCCCGAGCCCGUGCCGCACCCCCGGCUCCGAGAAGCUGUCGACCUCAAGGGCAUCAAUAUUUCAGGGAAAACAGAAGAGCUGGAGGCCAAAGGGUACCAGAUCCAUAGGAGUUGA